AUUACCUAGGUUAUGUAAGUGGGGCCGUGGCGCACCACAGACCCCUGUGGCGCGUUGAGCUUAAGAAAAGGUCCAGAAUGACACGCUUUUGGGACAGAGGGAGAGCUCACUGAGAUUGGUGGUCGCCAAUGGACAGCCAGCGGCCAAAAUGCGUCAACUUCUUUCUUUCUUGAUCUCCUCUCUUUUCUUUUGUCUACAGGUGUUUGCGGCAGACUACCAUGAACAACUAGUCCUCCGGCCGCUGCCACUCUCGGCCCUCCUUGCGAGCUUCAACUUCCGGUCGAAUACCAGCCUCGCCGCAUUUGAGGCGCACAACUUCCGCUUCUUCCCACGGUCUCUGGGGCAGAUUCUUCAGCAUGCCGGCACACGGGAACUGCAUCUGAGGUUCAGUCUGGGCCGCUGGGAUGCUGAGAGCUGGGGCGCUAGGCCUUGGGAUGGCACGCGCGAAGGGGGGACAGGCGUGGAGCUAUGGGCAUGGUUGGAGGCGGAGACAGAUCAGGAAGCGGACCAGAAAUGGUUGACCCUGACCAACGCGCUGUCUGGCCUCUUCUGUGCCUCCCUCAACUUCAUCGACGGUACUCGAACAACCCGCCCUGUCAUGUCUUUCCGGCCAGAGGGCGAUCACCCGAACUCGACCGCUGCGGACAUGCAUCUUCUCUAUGGGGUGCUGCCCCGAGAGGUGGUAUGCACGGAGAAUCUUACACCGUUCUUGAAGCUGUUGCCGUGCAAGGGAAAGGCAGGAAUCGCAACCUUGUUGGAUGGCCACAAGCUGUUUGAUUCAUCUUGGCAAAGCAUGGCCAUUGACGUCCGCCCGAUCUGCCCGGAGGGAGGCGAGUGCGUCUUGGAGAUGGAGCAGACCAUUGACAUGGUACUCGACAUCGAUAGGUCGAAGCGGCCAAGGGAUAACCCAAUCCCCCGCCCACCUCCUGCCCACGAACUGAAGUGCGACACUUCCAAGCCCUACCACGCCGAAGACACGUGCUUCCCCGCCGAUUACAGUGCAAAUCAGGACUGGACUCUGUCGCAAAUCUUCGGUCGAGCUAUGAGGGGCACUUGCCCGUUAGCAGACGCUUCUGUGCCGCCUGUAUGCUUGCAAGUCCCGAACUCGCGAAAAGUAUAUAUCGCUGGUGAUGCCAGAGAAGAUAAAAACAAGGACGGGCUAUCGCGAUGCUUCCAGGUAGAGCCGGAGGCCCAGUUCGAGAUCGUUCUUCCACAAAUCGAGAAGGAGGGCGAGAAUGCUCAGGCACAAGCAGCGGAGCUUCUAAGUCCUGAGACACCGUCCUUAUAUGCUGAACGCAGUUUCACUGGGCACGGGCAAGAACGUGGGGGUGUCCAGACCAUUUUGACGAACCCUAGCCCGGACACCGAGGUCGAGUUCAUUUACAUGGAGUCCCUCCCGUGGUUCAUGCGGAUCUACCUCCAUACCAUCGAGGCUCGUAUAGAUGGCGCUUCCGGCAAGCAUGACUCCCUCAUCCAAGAGGUCUACUACCGCCCGGCCCUCGACCGAGCCCGGGGGACUCAGCUAGAGCUGCGAAUGCGCGUCCCGGCCGCAUCCACCGUCUUCCUCACUUACGACUUUGAGAAAUCCAUCUUGCGGUAUACCGAGUACCCCCCCGACGCCAACCGCGGGUUCGAUGUCGCAGCAGCUGUCAUAACCAUCCUGAACCCGGACAGUGCCCCGAGCACCUCAAGUUUGGCGUCCAGGGCCCGGUUCGCGACAUCUAACCUGCGCACCACGUCGCUCCUCCUGAGCUUGCCGACUCCCGACUUCAGCAUGCCGUACAACGUCAUCAUUUUCACAUCAACGGCUAUCGCGCUGGCGUUUGGGGGCAUGUUCAAUAUCCUAAUGCGGAGGUUCGUGGCGGCAGAUGAGGGUCCCGAGCUCAGCCUAGCAAGCCUGAAGGCGAAGCUACGGGCCAUGCUGGGGAAGCUGUCUGCGAAGCGCGGAAAGGCCAGCGUGGGGAAGGUGAGCUAGACGGUCUGUUUUUGCUCAUGUAUCUUUUAGCAUCGUUUCGGAGUCAGUGGUAAUGCUACUUGUCCCAUCAUUGCAAGGCGCAUCAUGUGCCUCUUCAUACUCUCCGUGAAGGCUUCCUCCUUGUGCUCCCAUCCUGUGCCCGAAACAACUGAUUGCUCUCACUCAUGACUCUCCCCCAGGACUGCCACGCCUUAGAUCUAGAAUCACCUAUUCCCCUUUGCAACAAAAUGCAGUCCUCGAAGAUUGCAAUAGUACAGUACUGUAUAUAGGCCCAUCAUGCACGUGACGAAUCGACUCCAUCGGGCCGCUUAAAACUUUUGCCGUCUUGCAGCUCUAGCCCCGAUCGGAC